GAGUGAGAGAGAAAGAGAAAGAGAGAGAUGGAGUCAACAGAUUCAAAGCAUGAGAUAGUAAUAGUCGGCGGCGGCAUUUGCGGCCUUGCCACCGCCCUUGCCCUCCACAGGAAAGGAUUGAAAAGUAUAGUGUUAGAAAGAUCGAAGAUACUGCGAUCAGAAGGCGGAGGGAUUGGGGUCUUACCAAAUGGUUGGAGGGCAUUGGAUCAACUUGGUAUCGGGUCCCACCUUAGAACUGUGGCUCUUCCACUCCAACGGGGACGAGAUAUAUUUCUUGGCGAAGAUAAAGAACAAAAGAUAGAAUACGUGAGUGGUGACGUUCGUUGCAUGGCAAGGAAUGAUCUUAUAAGAAGUUUAGCUGAUGCCUUGCCGGCAGGGACUAUACGGUUUGGAUGUGAGGUUUCUUCCGUUGACUAUGACUCUGUUACUAAAUUCACACGUCUUCUACUUUCUAAUGGGAGCUACAUUGAAGCUGAGAUUCUAAUUGGAUGUGACGGAGGAAGGUCAAUAGUUGCGGAGUUGUUGGGGUUAAAGCCUGCAAAGGAGUUUGGAGUUGUUGCAACAAGGGGCUUGACUACCUAUCCAAAUGCUCACUCAUUGCCCAUAGAAUUUCACCGCCAUUUUAAAGGAGAUGUUAGAGUUGGGAUACUUCCCAUUUCUCAUGACUUGGUCCAUUGGUUUGUAACCUUUCCCACACGCCAAUUAACAGGAGAAAAGUUCCCACGUGAUGAGAAUGCAAUUAAGCAAAUGGUGAUAGAGAACAUAGAGAAGCUCCAAGAUUUACCGGCAAAGGUGAAAGAGGUAAUACACUUGUCGGAGCCGGAGUCUCUUUCCUUUUCGCACUUGAAAUACCGCCCGCCGGGGGAAUUGCUCCUCGGGAGGCUACGCAAAGGGACGGUGACGGUCGCCGGCGACGCCAUGCACGUGAUGGGCCCUUUCCUCGGCCAAGGCGGCUGCUCCUCCCUAGAAGACGCUGUGGUGCUCGCCCGAUGCCUCGGAUCGGCGGCGGCGGUGAAGAAUAACGUUGAUGGGAUCGAAAAGGAGGAAAGAAGUGCGAGAAUCGAGGAAGCUCUGGAGAAGUACGUGAAGGAGAGGAGAAUGCGGGUGGCGCAGCUGUCCAUGCAUACUUAUCUCAUUGGCGCCUCCAUGGCGGCCACAUCGAAGCUCGCAAAGAUGGCUUUUGGUGGCGCCAUGGCUCUUUUCUUUAGGAACGGGGCCGCUCAAAAUGAAUAUGAUUGUGGUCAACUUUGACCGGUACCAGAAAUGAUUGAGUUGAUCCGUCUCACCCUUA